GUGUCUGGUCCUCCGCCGUCUAAUUGCCUCUUCCCAAUUUGCAGCCAGUUUUGAACGACAAAGAGAAAAAAGAACCAAAAAAAAACCCUAAAUUUCUUCAAAAGACCUGCGAUUUCGUCGGUUUAGAUUCUGAAAAGUUCGAUCAGAGAUUCUAACAUGGGCAGGGACGAUCUAGCUCUGUCCGUAGCUGACAUCAGGAUGGAGAAUGAGCAGCCUGAUGACUUGGCCGUCGCUGAGAUUGAUGUGAGUGAUGAAGAGAUUGAUGCUGAAGACUUGGAGAGACGUAUGUGGAAAGACCGUGUGAGGCUCAAAAGAAUCAAAGAGCGUCAAAAGGGAGAUUCUCAGGGAGCUCAGGCGAAGGAGGCUGCUCCUAAGAAGAUCUCUGACCAAGCGCAGAGGAAGAAGAUGUCUAGAGCGCAAGACGGUAUACUCAAGUACAUGUUGAAGCUGAUGGAAGUCUGCAAAGUCCGUGGGUUUGUGUACGGUAUCAUACCUGAGAAGGGUAAGCCUGUGAGCGGGUCCUCUGAUAAUAUAAGAGCUUGGUGGAAAGAGAAGGUGAAGUUUGACAAGAACGGUCCAGCUGCGAUUGCUAAAUACGAAGAGGAGUGUUUAGCGUUUGGGAAGUCAGAUGGGAAUAGGAACUCUCAGUUUGUUCUUCAGGAUUUGCAAGAUGCUACUUUAGGGUCUUUGUUGUCUUCUUUGAUGCAGCAUUGUGAUCCUCCGCAGAGGAAGUAUCCGUUGGAGAAAGGGACUCCUCCUCCUUGGUGGCCAACGGGGAAGGAAGAGUGGUGGGUGAAGCUCGGUUUGCCGCUGAACCAGAGUCCUCCUUACAGGAAGCCUCAUGAUCUCAAGAAGAUGUGGAAAGUUGGGGUGUUGACUGCUGUGAUCAACCAUAUGUCGCCUGAUAUCGCUAAGAUCAAGAGGCAUGUUCGCCAGUCUAAGUGUUUGCAGGACAAGAUGACGGCUAAAGAGAGCGCGAUUUGGUUGGCGGUUUUGAACCAAGAGGAGUCGCUUAUUCAGCAGCCUAGCAGUGACAAUGGAACAUCUAAUGUGACUGAGACGCAUAGGAGGGGUAAUAACGCCGACAGGAGAAAGACUGUGAUCAACAGUGAUAGUGACUAUGAUGUUGAUGGGACUGAGGAGGCUUCGGGUUCGGUUUCGUCUAAAGACAGUAGAAGAAAUCAAGUUCAGAGAGAACAACCAGCAGCUACUUCGCAAGCAGUAAGAGUUCAAGAUAAAGCAGAGAAACAACGGAGAAGGAAAAGACCUAGAAUAAGAUCAGGAACUGUUAAUGUACAAGAUGAAGAACAGCCAGAAGCUGAACAGAGAAAUGUUAUACCUGAUAUGAAUGAUGUUGAUGCACCUCUGCUAGAUUAUAACAUUAACGGUGCUCAUCACCAUGAGGAAGGUGUUUUGGAACCAAACAUCUCCUUAGGACCGGAGGAGAACGGUCUUGAACUGGUGGUGGUUCCUGAGUUUGAUAACAACUAUACUUAUCUUCCACCUGUUAAUGGACAAGCAGCUAUGAUGCCUGUAGACGAAAGGCCAAUGCUUUACGGACCAAACCCUAACCAGGAGUUGCAAUUUGGGUCAGGUUAUAACUACUAUAAUCCCUCUGCAGUGUUUGUGCAUAAUCAGGAAGAAGACCUUAUACAUACACAGAUAGAAAUGAACACACAAGCACCGCCUCACAACAACGGGUUCGAUGCCUCAGGAGGAGUACAUCAACCCCAUGGAAAUGAAGAGGGAGUUAUGCCUCCUCAGUUCCAGAGUGACCAAGAUAAACUCUUGGACACUAACAUUCUAUCUCCAUUCAAUGACUUGGCGUUUGAUAGUAGCACCUUUUACUCUGGGUUUGAUUCAUAUGGUGCAUUUGAUGACGACUUCUCAUGGUUUGGAGCUUAGUUUCUUAACAUUUUUUGUUGGGAGGUUACAUGGUUCAAAGGAACGUGGAAAUAGUCUGGCUAGUACAGUUAUCAUUCUCUCUCUUGCUGAUCUUAUAUUAUUGGCUUCCUUCUUAGAUUUGUUACGAGAAACAAUUAUUUUCCUUUUGAAUAAUUUGCCAGACACUGCUUUUCCUGUUGUAAUGUUCUCCAGGGAAAGCAGCUAGUGUAUCUUUUGUAAACUAACACUGUGAGUAAUUCAUCAAGUUAAGAGUAUAAGUAUC